AUGCCGGUAACGUCAAUUUAUACCAGUUCUUGGAACCAUAUAAAUGGGUUGCGACUUGCCGAUCCCACAUUUGGAACACCUGGGCGUAUAUAUCUGCUUCUAGGUGCUGAUACUUGGAGCGCAAUUAUCCAGGACGGAGUAGUUGCGGGUAAUGCAAACCAACCGCGCGCGCUGCAGACUCGCCUCGGUUGGAUCGUGCUCGGUCAGACAACGACCAAUACUCAGGACACAACAGCGCAUGCAUAUACAGCUAAUAAAUGCGAUGAACAACGACUAGAUGUUUUGUUGCAGAAGUUUUGGGAGGAGGAAGAAGCUUCCUCGGAAAUACGACACCCUGCAGAGGACGAGUGUGAACGCAUCUUCAUGAGCAGUGUUACGCGGAGGCCAGACGGGCGAUAUAGUGUUCAAAUCCCAUUUCGUCGUGACGCCCCGGCACUUGGGAAUUCUCGCAGGGCAGCGCUCCGCCAAUUUCUUCAGUCUGAACGCAAGUUGGCAAGCAAUCAGGAGCUCCGUGGGAAAUAUGUGGAAUUUAUGCAAGAAUACGAGGCACUGGGUCACAUGCAAGUGGUUGGGGAUUCUGAUAUUGAUGAGUCACAAUGCUACUUUAUCCCACACCAUGCUGUGCUGACGAAGUUACGGGUGGUGUUCAACGCUUCGGCUAAAUAG